UACAAAUAAUUUUAUUAAUGAUCAGUUAAUUACCAUAAAUUUAUAUUAUAAUAAAAUUUAUUCUAUCUCUCUCUUUAAUUCCUUUAAUUUAGUUAUUCAUUGAUUUUGUAAAAUGAUUGUGAAUUUCUUAGCCUUAAUAUUUCUAAUAAACCUUUACAUACUCCAAAUAUCUACUGAGUCUCUUCAUGAUCUCCCUUGGACAGUCGACAAAGGUAAUUGGAUAAUAACAGCAAAGUUGAUCUCGUCAAAUAAUGAAGUUUACGAUAUUCGAGAGUACGUUCAUUCAAGUGAAGUUGUUCGUGGUAAAAUUACAAUAUCUUCUGGAGAUGAUAAGUUGGAUAUUUUUUAUUCCAGUGAAUUUGAAAACGAUAGAUUAGUUAUUCAAAACCAACAGUGUAGUAAAUUUACUUUUAAGAAGAAAUGGGACAACAUUUUAUUAAAUAUCGAUUCGAAAAAUCCUCUUCUCAAUCAUGUACUGUUGACGGGACCUUCGAUUCUGUUCAGGAUCAAUGGAAAAAGUUUUAUCUGGGAAAAAGAUGAAAGCACAAUUUUGAGAGGAUUCCCGGUCCAUUCUGCAAAGACAACAUUCAAUAAAAAUCUUGAUAUUACUUAUUAUUACAAAACUUAUUUAGACUCACCUGACAUAUUACAAGCAAGUCGAUUACAGUUAAGUGGCUUGGAUUCGUCGUUUGGACUUAUAGCUAAUAGAGAAAAGUUUUAUUUGGAUAUUUACUCAUUGGAAGAAUCAGAGGAAGAGUUUGGUAAAACAGUUACAGUUACACCAGGAAUCGGUUGUCCCUUGAACCUCAUAACAUCAGAAUCUCAUGACUGGCUUAUGAUACCAGAAAUGUCAAAAUCAAAUUAUCAUUUCAUUGCAAGAACUACUGUUGAUGGACCCAAAAAAUCAAGCUUUUUGAGUGAGAUGUUUGUUAACAGUAAAGAUCUAACCACAAGUUUGAAAACAAUAGAACAAGGGAUUUUAACAGAAUCUCUUUACGAUUAUAACUUGGGAACUGUUUACGUCUCAUUGAAAAAAGGUCGUUGUUCGGUCUCCAGUAUUGGACCAAAUAGUCCAGGAAUAAGUAAAUAUGGAACAUUUACUUCGUAUGGCUUCCUCAAUUAUCGAGAUACAUUUAAGUACUCAUACCUUGGUAAAUAUUUUAUCAGACCAGGAUACGAAACUUAUGUUUGGGAAAGAGUUGAUUACAAUUACGCAUUCGAGGGAGAAAAAUAUGAUAAAUUCGUUACUAGUCAUUAUUUUGUUUCGUCAGCUGAUGCAAAGUUAUUCAAAGAUUUCAUUCUAGUGAGAACUACGACUAACAAUUAUAAAAAAGUAAACAACGAUACUUUUGAAUUGAUCGAAACAAAAACGAAAGAUUAUUAUGGAUUAGAAGAAGUAGAAUCAGGUCGAAAUUAUGAAACUGAGUUAUCAUUACGUUUCAGUGAUUGUUACCAGGAUUCUACCGGGAGAAAGACUUUGGCAAUUUAUUUCAGUUGUAAAGACAAUCAAUACAUUGAAUUAAACUGCGUAAAGUAUGCAGAAAAACAUUAUAAUAAAUUUCUCGAAAAUCUCAAGGAUAUUUUAGUGAGACAAAAUAUUUCUCCUGCAAGAAUAGCCAAUAUUGACUUGGUUUUUGAAGGUCAAAAUAUCAAAGCAUUAGUGACCUUUUUGAAAAUUCCUAAUAUUGAAGAUAGUAUACAAAAAGAAAGGAUGAGAUUGUCUCAGGAAGCUCUUUUAAACUUAGAUCGGAUUACUGCAGAAUCAGUUAGAGAUUGUCUUCUCAAGCAAGGUGAAUUCUAUUAUGACCAAGAGGCGAUUGUGUUUUGCAAUGCUGAUUACACAAGGCCAAGCAUUUGUGGUAGGAUUCAAUCUGCAGAGAAAAUUGUCAAAAUGGAUGCUGGUACAAUUUGCGAUGUAUAUUAUCCAAUCAAUAGUUACUCUCAAUUUAGAAAGGAAAUUCAUCUUGAUAAAAUGGAAGAUUAUAUUCGCCGUCUAUCAUUAGCAAUCUAUAUGACUGAUGAUGGUUUAUCUAUUACAAAUCAACAAAAGUCGUCGAUGUAACUAAUGAGUUAGACCAAAACAGAGACUCUUUCAUAUUGGUUGCCACUAUUAAUAGGAAAUUGAUUGAUUCCAAUGUUUUAUUAGCCAAAGAUGUUUCCAAUCUUGGUGAUUGUUAUCGUACUUGUGCUCAUGAUAAUGUUACUCUUUGUGAGACUUUUGUCUAUUGUCAAUAUCCAGAUAAAUUGACUUGUUAUACAUCAAAUAUAAUCUAUGCUAAUUUAUCUUUACAAUCGACAGAAGAUGAAUCUUGUAAAAUCUAUUCAAAGAAUCGAUUAUUGGAUUACAUCAAAAUAUCUUCGAGAGAAUUUAAACAGUGGCCUAGCAUUGAUAUAGAUGUUCCGCUCGAUAAUUGUGCUUCAAUGUGUAGUUCAUCUGAUGAAUGUUUCUCAUUCCAACAAUGUGGUGGUUCUUGUACUUUGAGUGGAUAUUAUACUGAUUUGGAAACACAGAAAAGUUGGGACUGUGAUAUUUAUAUUCCGAAAGUUUCUCAACAAUUUAUAUCAACUGGACGGAAAAUUGUUUCUCAAGUUUUUCACAUUGAAAUUGAUCUGAAUUUGGAUAAAUGUGCUGCUCUUUGUUACAGUUUGACAAAUACUAACGAAUCUUGUGUAUCAUUUAAUUAUUGUUCUCAAAAUGGUGAAAUAAGUUCAUGUAGCUUAUCAAAAUAUUCAGUCAACGAUAAAUCAGCUAAUCCAAUUGAUUCAGGAGUUUGUAAGAAUUAUGAAUACAAAAACUCAGCUAAUAGAGGAAAUAAUUAUUUGAGUGAUCGAGUUAGCGGCGGAGGAACAAGUAGAGUAGCUGUUUUUGGUAUAAUCAUGUUGUUCGUUACCGUUGGACUUUUGCUUGGAUUUAUUUUCCAAUGCUCAUCAAUGGAAAACUAAAGGAAAUUAUCACUCAAAAGUUUGUUUCAUCAUCUUCGUCGGAACGAGAAAUCAAUUCAUUCCAUUUUUCGAGACAAAUGGAUUAAACAGAAAACAAUUAUUCGAUUCAAUUGUAUUUAUGGAACUAACUUCAAAUGGUACAUUUGUAUUUACAAUCUUCCAAUGCUUACAAAGUGAAUGUUACACGAAAUUCGUAUGAAGAAAUAAUUACAUAAAACAUAAUUGUUAAGAAUAAUGUAACAAAUUGAACCAACGAGUUAUCUUGACAAUCUAUCAUAUUAUCAAAUGGAUAUAAUAACUGAUGACAAUGUAAUAACACCCUUAAUUAUCUCGAACCUUGAAAUUAUCGGGAACAAUGAUUACGAUCAUUUAUCAUAAAACUCAUCCGUUAGUUAAUUUAAAAAAUCAGGUGU